AUGGCAGAGUACAAUAAGCUUUCCCAGGUUACUUUUAACCCCAUGAUCAGGGCUUGGCGUUUCAGAGUGCAACUACACAAGAUCUACCCUUACGCGAUUACCAACCAUGGGACUUACUAUAAGUAUAUCCUCGCAGAUGAAGAUGGAUACAAGAUGGAGAUGACCACUGGUGGGGAUUAUCCAAAUUUUAGAGGCCUUGAGAAGGAAGAGGGAAGAUGGGUGGAAAUCUUUGUGGUAGAAGUUGAACGGACCUACCCAGGUUUCCAGCCAACUAGCUCUCCGUUCAGACUAAAUGCUACGCGUUGUAUGCAUGUCCGCAUCAUCGAACCUCUGAACAGUCAUCUUUUCUUGGACUUCAAAAGCAUCCAUGAAAUCCCUCGCAUGCACUGGCGUGACCUCAUAUAUCCCAUAGAUACAAUGGAAGUCGUCUUCAACACGGAAGCCUAUCUCGAUGCCCCUUCAGGACCAAGGAUGGAGUUUUACAUAAGGGACAACAUUGACCAUCAGAUAAAAUGUGUGGUGACCGGCAAUCGGACCUAUGCCUUCCGGGAUGGUCUUGAUUACAUGAGUGGUGGGGUCGUAGACAGUUAUUUUGGUCCUCCUGAAAUAUGGCUUGAGACUGAAGGUGGAUUUGCGGACUUCAGGUUCAAUCCGCGUUUGCCUGAGGUUGAGGAAUUCAGGCAGUCUCUACUAAACAGCGACCCUUAUGUUCAGAAAUAUGGGGUUGAAGGUCUCGUGUAA